GCUAGUGCGUGUUGACGUCAUGCUGCGUGCGGGCCGGUGCGGAAUCGCUCCCUCAACUCCGCGGGGCAGUAGGAGUUAGUUAGCAAAGAGCCGAGGCCGGACGCGCGACCCUCGUCCUUCUGCCCCUGGCCGCACACUUUGCGCGCAUCUCUUUUUCUGCAUGGUGGAUAUUAUUUUUCAUUAUCCUUUUCUGGGUGCUAUGGGUGAUCAUUCCAAGAAGAAGCCCGGGACGGCCAUGUGCGUGGGCUGCGGGAGUCAGAUCCACGACCAGUUUAUCCUGCGGGUGUCGCCCGACCUCGAGUGGCACGCUGCCUGCCUCAAGUGCGCCGAGUGCAGCCAGUACCUGGACGAGACGUGCACGUGCUUCGUGAGAGACGGGAAGACCUAUUGCAAGAGGGAUUAUGUCAGGCUGUUCGGCAUCAAGUGCGCCAAGUGCCAGGUGGGCUUCAGCAGCAGCGACCUGGUGAUGAGGGCGCGGGACAGCGUGUACCACAUCGAGUGCUUCCGCUGCUCCGUGUGCAGCCGCCAGCUGCUGCCUGGGGACGAGUUCUCGCUGCGGGAGCACGAGCUGCUCUGCCGCGCAGACCACGGCCUCCUGCUCGAGCGCGCCGCUGCUGGCAGCCCGCGCAGCCCCGGCCCGCUCCCCGGCUCCCGCGGCCUGCAUCUGCCAGACGCUGGGUCGGGCAGGCAGCCCGCGUUGCGCCCGCACGUGCACAAGCAGACGGAGAAGACGACUCGCGUGCGGACUGUGCUGAACGAGAAGCAGCUGCACACUCUGCGGACCUGCUACGCCGCCAACCCGCGGCCCGACGCUCUCAUGAAGGAGCAGCUGGUGGAGAUGACCGGCCUGAGCCCGCGGGUCAUCCGCGUCUGGUUCCAGAACAAGCGCUGCAAGGACAAGAAGAAAUCCAUUCUCAUGAAGCAGCUGCAGCAGCAGCAGCACAGCGACAAGACGAGCCUUCAGGGACUGACCGGGACGCCCCUGGUGGCGGGCAGCCCCAUCCGCCAUGAGAACGCUGUGCAGGGCAGCGCAGUGGAGGUGCAGACGUACCAGCCGCCUUGGAAGGCACUCAGCGAAUUUGCCCUCCAGAGCGACCUGGACCAACCCGCCUUCCAGCAGCUGGUCUCCUUCUCCGAGUCCGGCUCCCUAGGCAACUCCUCCGGCAGCGACGUGACCUCCCUGUCCUCGCAGCUCCCGGACACCCCCAACAGUAUGGUGCCGAGUCCCGUGGAGACGUGAGGGGGAUCCCUCCCUGCCAGCCUGUGGACCUCGCAUGCUCCCUGCAUGAGACUCACCCAUGCUCAGGCCAUUCCAGUUCCGAAAGCUCUCUCGCCUUCGUGAUUAUUCUAUUGUUAUUUAUGAGAGAGGACCGAGAGAAACGGUCUGGACAGCCCCAGGCACCAGGAUGCAACCUGCUUUCACCAGACGGCAGACCUCUGCUCCGAGGACUCUACUUUUUCAAAACCAGAAUUUGGGAUUUACCAGAGUUAGCUCUGCCCUCUCCUCUCCGCGUAGCCGCCGCUCUGUCCCUCCACGCCCCACCUGUAUCCCCACCUCGGCCGGCCCCGAGCUCGCCCACGUGGACCCCCGCCCUGCCCCCGCUCCACGCUCCCUGGCGUCUUUGCCCGGGCUCUAGCGGAGAAGAGGAAGGGGAUAAGUCAGAGGAACAGACACUCAAACUCCCAAAGCGCAUGAUUGCUGGGAAACAGUAGAAACCAGACUUGCCUUGAAAGUGUUUUAAGUUAUUCCACGGAGGACAGAGUGUGUGAGCCUUUGCCGAACAAACAAACGUAAGUUAUUGUUAUUUAUUGUGAGAACAGCCAGUUCACAGUGGGACUCGUAUUUUGAUCUUAAUAAAAUAUAAUAACCCGG